AUGUCUGUCCGCUCCUUCACUGGCCCCCUCCGCUCCCUCUCCCGCUCAGCACUCCCCCGCCCCGCCCCUGCUUCCGGCGCCAGAUUACUCCCAGCCCAGCUCCGGGCCUACAGCGAUGCCGCUCCUGCCGAGCCAACGCCCGAGUCGGCACGCCUCACAGAGCUCGAGGCCGCCAACAAGGAGCUCGAAGAGAGCGUCAAGGAGAUGAAGAAGGACAUGCAAUACCUUCGAGCAGACCUUCAGACCGCCAACCGCCGAACGGCCGAAGAAAAGGCCAAGGCAUCUGAAUUCGCCAUCACCUCCUUCGCCCGUGCCCUCCUCGAUACCGCCGAUGUUCUCACCACCGCUCUCAAGCACGUCCCCCAAGACCAGCUCUCCGUCAACAAAGACCUCGCAUCUCUGCACCAGGGUGUCCAGCUGACUCACAAGGCGCUGUUACAGACCUUUGAGCAGCACGGAGUCAAGCAGCUCGGCGAGCUGAGGGGAGAGCAGUUUGACCCGAAUCAGCAUGAGGCGCUGUUCACUGUCCCUCAGGCUGUGGCGCCCAAGAAGGCGAACGGCGACUCGCAUGGGCCGAAUGAGAUCUUUGACGUCAGCAAGGAGGGCUGGACGAUUGGGCAGAGGGUUUUGAGGCCUGCCCAGGUUGGCGUUGUUGCCCCCGAGUAA